AUGGUUGAAGAAACAGUCGAUUGGGGUGAACCUUUAUCAGCAGAUCAACAUAGCGAAUGGGAAGCUUGGGAAAAGUCACUACAGGAGCUGGGGAGCUUACAAAUUCCUCGUAGAACUCCGAUUUCUGAAGACGACAUCACCAAUAAGGUUCACAUAUAUGCCGAUGCGUCAGAGCGAGCUAUAGCAGCAGUGGCAUACCUCCAAACAAUAGACGUCGAAGGGAAUAUUCACGUCAGCUUCUUGCUAGGAAAAUCUAAAGUGGCUCCUAAACAUGGACAUUCCAUCCCACGACUUGAGCUUUGUGCCGCCUUGCUGGCUGUUGAAAUUGUCGAGAUCCUUCAAGAACAGAUCUAUACACCUUCCGAGAACAUGAUAUUCUACUCAGAUAGCAAGGUUCUUCUUGGUUACCUGAAGAACCGCACCAGACGAUUUUAUGUUUAUGUUGCUAACAGAGUUAGUAGGAUACUGCGUUUCACGAAACCGGUGCAGUGGUUCUAUGUUGAGUCUGAAAAUAAUCCAUCAGACCAAGGAACACGAUUCCUGUCCGCGUCCAUGCUGAGAGAUAGCAAAUGGUUACUUGGAGCAACACAACUAUCCAAACAUCUUGAACUGCCAGACGAUCGUUUUCCUUUAGCAGAACCUGAAGAGGAUAAGGAAAUCCGUCCUGAGGCCGUGGUCAAGAAGACGGAGCUGAUUCCAGCUCCAGUUACUUACCUGUUUGACAAAUUCUUUCGGUGGUCAAAGCUAGUCAAAGUGAUAUCCCUCGUGAUGUAA